AUGCAAGUCAUUAUAAUCUGGGCAAGGUCUCAGCAACAACACAAGACAAGACAUAUCAAUAUUGAAAUUACUCUCAAAAACAUCUUAAUCAAUUCUGAUCACAUCUCUAUACACUCUCUUUCAUCUUCUCAGGCAAGACUUCAUCUUCUCACCUUAAUCAUCUGCUGCACAUGUGAACUGAAUGACAUGAAGUCUUCAAGCUUCUCUACAUCAGCAGACAGCUCAAAGAGCAGAAAUGUCACAUCAAUACAUCUCAAUCUACAUGAUCUGAUGACUAGCAAUCUUUUAGCUGCCUAUGAGGCUGAGGCACAGAAAUUUCAUGCAGAAGCACUAGCUGCUGCAAAUAUGCUUGAUCAGAUUGAAGAAGAUCUAGAUGUCAUGAAGACAAAAGAUCUAUCAAGAAAACUGAUUCUUGAAGCUGCUGUGAAGAUAAAGCUGAAGACUGAACUUUCAGAGUCUUUGACAGCAGUCAUCACAGCAGUUCAAGUCAUUCUCACAAGCAUUGUCAUCAUUUCUAGAAGCUUGCAAGACAUGAAGACUCUGCUAGCUCAAAAGAAUAUUUUAGCAGCCACUCUCAUCAAUGCUUAUAGAGAAGAAAGAACAUUGAAUCAUCUGUUUGAUUUCUAA